GGGCCCCCGUACUCGUACCUGCGAAUAGGAUUUCUCCCCCCCAUAAGAGAAAAUGUUCACGUCAACAGGAGAACUUCUGUAUUCCGUGAAGGUCAGCGAGCCCACGAGGAAGGACGCGACGGGGGCGUACAGGAACCCCCAGUAUAAGGACAAACUGUUUGACAACUUCGAAGACAAGCCAUUGAACAAUGUGUGGGAAAUGUUUGACAGGGUGGCCAAGAAGUACAAGGACCGAGAUUGUCUAGGAACCCGCGUGAAGGUGAAUAACAAGUUGGGUCCUUACAAAUGGAAGUCCUUUGCAGAAGUAAAAGAGUUAAUUAUAGCAGUAGGAUCAGGGCUAGUGAAUACGAAUGCAUGCCCAGUGAUCAGAUGUGAUGACACAAAAGUAACGAGGGCGAAAUUUCUAGGGUUUUAUAUGCCCAAUUGUGAAGAGUGGAACAUCUGCGAUUUGAGUUGCAAUGCGUUUAAUAUAGUAACGGUGCCGCUAUACGAUUCGUUAGGGAUAGAAUCUAGUAAAUUUAUUCUAGACCAGACGUUAAUGCAGACGAUUAUUUGCAACAAAACAUGCGCCAUGAAUUUGUUCAAGUCGCUAGAUACGUGUGAAAAGAUUAAUUUGAAGAAACUGAUUUUGGUGGAGAACGAAGCUGAUGCAGAGGUUAAAAAGGCAUGCGAAAAACACCAGCUAGAAAUCAUCCUGUGGAAAGAUCUAAUUGCAGCUGGGAAGAAGAAGUUACAUGAACCGAAACCAGGCAAUUUAAAAGACGUUUCAUGUAUUUGUUACACAUCAGGAACGACGGGAUACCCCAAAGGGGUUAUAAUGACCAACGGAAAUUUCGUAGCCCAGCUAACUUCCUCAGUAACAGGCCCUUCAAGAUUGCCAAUUUUGAACAUAAAUGAUACUGACACCCACAUUUCGUACCUCCCACUGGCCCAUAUAUAUGAGAGAAUGAUGAUGCUGGUUUUUUGCGCACAGGGGGUCAGAACGGGGUACUACUCGGGGAAUGUGCAAAAUUUGGUGGAAGAUAUUCAGGAGUUGAAGCCAACUCUGUUUAUUAGCGUGCCCAGAUUGUACAACCGAAUUCACGAGCGCAUAUUCAAUUCGUUAAAAAAAAAACCGGCAGUGGUUCAGUCCUUGUUCAAUAAGGGGCUGGAGCAUAAGAUAAAGAAGCUAAACAGCAAUGGUAUCCCUUUUCACUUUUUUUGGGAUAAACUCGUUUUCAACAAGGCAAAGAAAAUCCUCGGAGGAAAUAUUCGAGUUAUGUUGAACGGAUCGGCACCCAUAAGUCCCGAUGUGGUAAAGAAAUUGAAGGCCAUUUUUUGUGCACCUAUAUUUGAAGGUUACGGAAUGACCGAAACGCUUGGCCCAGCAUUCAUAUCGCACACCACAGAUGUGAAUAUAGGCCACAUAGGGGGACCUGUUCCCUGCGUCGAGUACAGAGUUGUAUCCGUUCCAGAAAUGAACUACCUAAUUACGGAUAACCCACCUAGAGGAGAACUACAUUUGAGGGGACCAGCCAUCACAAAUUUGGGGUAUUUCAAAUUGGAAAAGGAAACGAACGAAUUUAUUGACAAAGAUGGGUGGAUAAGUACAGGUGAUAUUGUUUCGUUUAGUGAAAAUGGUUCUAUUACCAUUAUUGAUAGGAAGAAAAAUAUCUUCAAAUUAUCUCAAGGGGAAUACAUAGCUGUAGAGAAAAUAGAAUCUGUUUAUAGGCAGUCUCUUUACAUUAGCCAGAUCUUCGUUUUUGGGUACUCGUACGAAUCUGUGCUUGUGUGUAUUGUGUGCCCUUCCUUGGACACCAUAGAAAUUUGGAAAAACGAGAAGAAGAUCACCAAGACGGAUGAGGAGGUGAUGCAGAUGCCCGAGUUUAAGAAGGACGUUAUCGAUGAUUUAAUAAAAAUGGGGAAGAAGGAUGGGCUGAAGGGGUACGAACAAAUUAAGGAUGUGUACUUCGCUUCGGAGCCCUUCACCAUCGAAAACGAUUUGCUCACGCCCACGGGCAAGAUCAAGAGGCACGCAGUGCAGAAGAAGUACAAGGAGCAGAUCGAUAAGAUGUACAAGCAGUUGAAGGCGGCUUGA